GGUGUGAGCCCCACCCCGGUGCCAGAGCGCAAGCGCGGGCUGCGGCGGGCCAAGAUGGCGGCAGCGGCGGCGGCGGCGGCGGCGACCGAGCAGCCAGGCUCCAAUGGGCCAGUGAAGAAAUCCAUGCGGGAGAAGGCCGUGGAGCGAAGGAACGUCAACAAAGAGCAUAACAGCAACUUCAAAGCUGGGUACAUUCCCAUCGACGAGGAUCGGCUCCAUAAGACCGGGCUGAGGGGGAGAAAGGGCAACUUAGCCAUCUGCGUGAUCGUCCUCCUGUUUGUCCUGGCCGUCAUCAAUCUACUGAUUACACUUGUCAUCUGGGCCGUGAUUCGCAUUGGGCCAAAUGGCUGUGACAGCAUGGAGUUUCAUGAGAGCGGUCUGCUGCGGUUCAAGCAGGUGUCCGACAUGGGUGUCAUCCAUCCACUUUAUAAGAGCACGGUGGGAGGAAGGCGGAAUGAAAACCUGGUCAUCACUGGCAACAACCAGCCAAUUGUUUUCCAGCAGGGGACGACCAAGCUGAGUGUUGAAAAGAACAGAACCGCCAUCACCAGUGACAUUGGGAUGCAAUUUUUUGACCCAAGGACACAAAAUAUUCUAUUCAGCACGGACUAUGAGACUCAUGAGUUUCAUCUGCCAAGUGGAGUGAAAAGUCUGAACGUACAGAAAGCGUCUACUGAAAGGAUUACCAGCAACGCUACCAGUGACUUAAACAUCAAAGUUGACGGGCGUGCAAUUGUGCGUGGCAAUGAAGGCGUGUUCAUCAUGGGCAAGACCAUUGAAUUCCACAUGGGAGGGGAUGUGGAGUUAAAGGCUGAAAACAGCAUCAUCCUCAAUGGCACCGUGAUGGUCAGCCCAACACGUCUGCCCAGUUCCUCCAGCGCGGACCAGUCAGGGAGCGGUGACUGGGUGCGCUACAAGCUCUGCAUGUGUGCAGACGGCACACUCUUCAAAGUACAAGUAACAGGCCACAACAUGGGCUGCCAGGUCUCAGACAACCCCUGUGGAAGCACUCAUUAGAAGGUGCAUCGCAGGGCUCAGUGUGUUCAAGCCUAACUUGACCUUCCCCUUUUUAAGAAUGCAUGUGACCCAUGUUUCUACAGAGUUUGCCAUAACUUGUAAUUAUUUUAACUGGGGAGUACCACUGUAUCUAUUAUGUACACUCCAUAUUUAAGGGAUUUUUGAGUGCCUAAAUUCUAAUACAUUUUAGUAAGUUGCACUGAUACUCAAAUGACAGUUCUCUAAAACAGUUAUGAGAAAUUAAUAAAAUCAAAAUUAAUCUUUGAGGAGUUUUUAACAUUUUACUAUCUCUUGUCCUAAAGGACAAAGGGCUGAAGCAGUUAAGACUCACCAUCAGUAAGCCUUUGGUCAUUUCUAAUGGGGAGAGAUCCACUACAGAUGUUUGGAGGGGACAGGGACACUGUGCUCUGUCUUUGGCUUUUAAAGGGGAAGGCACAGAUUUUUAAUGCAUUAACCCAAAGCCACAUUUUUCACAAACAAAUCAUUAAAGAACUUUCCAUAUAUAAGCUUGUAAGAAACUAUGUUUCCUUAGUUUUGCACUAAAGAAAAUACUGUAUGGUAUGUUUACUUGAAAUAAUGAUACAUGUAAGUAUUUACAGUGUGUGGACAUUAAACACAAUCACAGCUCUCACUCUUGUGCAGUGACAGAAGUGUCAUCGUCAGGCCUCUCCUCGCCGAGCACUGUCCUGGGCACUGUACAAUCUCUCUGAUUCUCACUGCACCUCUCUAAGUAAGUGCUUUGGUCCCAGCUUACCCAUCAGGAAACGCAAGGUCAGGGAGGUUCAGGAAGCUGCCUGUACUCUGUGGUAAAGGACGGACUCAGGGUUGGAAGUCAAGUACAAUUCCAGCCCAGGUGAGCCUAAUUCCAAAGGUGUUUCUGCCUUUUUUACUAUCUACACUGAACUUUCAACUAUUUAAAACUCUCAAAGGAUGAGAAAAGCCUAAUCCUAAUUUACCUAAUAGGUAAAAAUCAAGAAUGUGUGCUACUAUAGUUAAAAUACCAAUGCUAGCAAAACAUGACCAAUCACUGUCAGAUUUUAAACUAUCUUGAGCCAGUUCUAAGCUGUCAUUCAAUAGACAGAUCUACUUGGUCUGCUUGUCAUAUAGAAGCACCUGAAUGAGUUAGAGAGGCUGCUGGCGUACUUUUCCCUAAGCCUGGGGAAGCUCAGUGGAAAGAAGGGGGGAAGCUAGGCCUCAGUAGGCCCUGCUGUUCUGAGGUUGUUCCUCCAGUGUCCCAUACCAGCAUCACCCUUUAGAGUAUAUUGUGCCUAGAAACUAUACACAUGAGAAUAUAGGGUGCUACUUCGAGAGAUGAUGCAGGUCAUUUUAGCUAGGUAUAAAACUUUUAUCUCUGUUCCUCAUCUCAGUCUCAUUUUAAUUACUUACAGUCCUCAAGCCAAUUGACUUGUAGCAUAGUUUAUACUUUAUUUAAAAGAAUUUCUUGGUAUUACUAAGACACAUGAGAUCUGGGAUGAAGAAUACAUCGCUCUAAAGUAGACAUUAGUGAGGUAUCAUGGACCUAGCUACAGAGAAAGAUGUUUGUAUCCUGUCAUGGUCACUUAGAACUGUAUGGAUAAGAAAUCAAUACAUAAAACAAUUUAUGUUCAAUAUUGUCACAAUUCUGUCAAAGGGGAAAACUGAGUACCUUGUAGAUUGUGAAUUCGGGCUAAGGUAAGAGUUGACUUGAGACCUGACACUAAGUGCAGAUUUUAUAUAUAUGUAAAGAAAGAGAGUAAUUUAUACCUCUGGAUAUAUUCAAGUAUUGUUUAAUAACUAAAUAAUUCUCAGAAAAAAACAUGCUUGGAAUUCGCAUCUCCAUGCUCAGUGUAUUUUUAAAUUGUACAUUUGUUACAUGUUCUAUUUAAAUUUGUUUUGAGAGUUUCUUUAAAUAAAUAUUUUUACUAAUUCCACAGAACACUAUAUUACAAAGUAUUAUUUACUAAAUAUGAUUCAUGAAAAAGUGUAUUUUUACAUGUCUGUGAGAAACACUUGUGUUUUGAUACAUCUCCAUUGAGCACUUUGAAGUUUGAGAAUAUCCUGAUGCUUUGUAAACUCGUGGUUACUAGGUAUGGUAUUUUAGACCACAUUGCAGGUAAACCCACUGACACACUGACCUGGAAGCUCUGAUUGGUGCACAGUGAAGCUGCACUGUUAAAUCUGGCCACCAGGGGGCAGAUUCCUUCUCAUGUGUUCAUUUCUUCUGUUUUGAACAUUCCACACUGAGAGGACUUACUGCAGCCCUGGGGAAGGAAGAUGCAAGAGGAACCCAGGGAGGAAAACAAACACACAUUUAAAGUAAGGAGAGCAUUCUAGAGGUGAAUAUAAUGCAAAGCGAUAGAAGAAAUAAAAGUAAGACUCCUUUCAGAUUGUCCAGUGGGGCUGGGGGAUAUACAACACAAAGCAGGAGCUAGCUGCCUGCCAUCAGCCACAGCCUUUUAAAAUAUGCUUUAUUGACAAUCUUUUUGCAUUGUGACAGAAGCAAAAUAAAUUUUGUGUGAUAGUUUUGAUGAUGAAAUGUAGAAUUUCUACCUGGUUUUGAUGAGUGUUUUUUUUAAGGGGUUAGAAUUACUGUGUUAAACUGGAUGAAGAGGGGAGCAUUGAAGUGCCGGUUAUUAUAAUCUUUUGAAUGACAUCAAGAAGGGCAAAGGUUACAAGUUACUCCGCACAAAAAUAUACCUAUGUAUUUCAGAUUGAUGACCUCUGUUUACAAUAAAACUCUGAGAACUUUGCUGUCA